AUGUCGAAGCGCGACCUCCACCUCCAGCCGCGCAUGGUCAAGAAGGGCCCCUUCUCGGUCGAGGCUGCUGGUUAUGAAAAGAAGGAGGGCGAGACGAUUCCUCGUCGCCACCCUGCUGCGAAGAAUGGCCUCAUCCUGCGCCCUUCCGAGGACGUUGCGACCACCUAUGACAAUUUCCGCCGCUCCGCCCGGUUGUACGGCAACAACAAGGCCGUCGCCAGCCGCAAGCUGAUCAAGACGCACGUGGAGAACAAGAAGAUCAAGAAGAUGGUAGAUGGCGUGGAGCAGGAGGUCGAAAAGCAAUGGACCUACUUCGAGAUGAGCGGGUACACCUACAUGACCUUCCUUGAGUACGAGCAGCUCUGCCUUCAGCUCGGUGCGGGUCUGCGCAGUCUGGGUAUGGAGAAGGAUGCUCGUCUUCACCUGUAUGGUGCGACCAGCGCACACUGGCUGGCCAUGUCGCACGGUGCCGCAUCGCAAUCCAUCACUAUUGUCACCGCUUAUGAUACCCUGGGCGAGGAGGGCCUCAAGCACUCCCUGGUCCAAACCGCCUCCACAGCCAUCUUCCUCGACCCCGGUCUGAUCAAGUCUCUGACCCACGUCCUGAAGGAUAUUCCCUCAAUCAAGCACAUCAUCUACAACACCGACGGCGAGGUCAAGCAGGAUGACCUGGACAAGCUGAAGACCGACUUCGCACACAUCAACGUGGUCAGCUUCGAGGAAUUGCGCAAGUCUGGCGAGGAGAACCCCGUGGACCCCGUGCCGCCCAAGCCCGAGGAUCUGUGCUGCAUCAUGUACACCUCUGGCUCGACCGGCCCGCCCCAAGGGUGUCCCUCUGACCCAGGCAAACGUGUCAACGAGAUCGUCGGCCCUUACAUUGGUCCCAAGGAUUCGCUGCUCACUUACCUGCCGCAAGCGCACAUUCUGGAAUUCAUGUUUGAGAACCUGUGCUUGUUCUGGGGUGGCUGCAUGGGAUACGGCAACCCCCGCACAUUGUCCGAUACUUCCAUGCGCAACUGCAAGGGUGAUAUCCGCGAGUUCCAGCCUACCAUUUUGGUCGGCGUUCCGGCUGUGUGGGAGUCCGUCAAGAAGGGUGUGUUGAACAACCUGAACAAGAACAGCUUCAUCAUCAAGGGCAUGUUCUGGGGUGCUAUGGCCGCCAAAAACUUCCUGUUGACCAAUGGCUUCCCUGGAGCUGGCUUCGGUGCCUCAGUCCUGGAUGCCGUGGUUUUCAAGAAGCUCAAGGAGGCUACCGGUGGUCAUCUCCGUAUCAUGAUGAACGGCGGUGGUCCCAUCUCCAAGGACACCCAGCGAUUCCUCUCGAUGGCCAUUGCUCCCAUGAUCGGCGGUUACGGCCUGACCGAGACCUCGGCCAUGGGUGCUCUGAACGACCCCUUGGCAUGGAACCCCAACGUGCUCGGUGAGGUUCCUGCCUCGGUUGAGAUUAAGCUGGUCGACUUCCCCGAUGCCGGCUACCUGACCAAAAGCCACCCCCCUCAGGGUGAGAUUUUCAUCCGUGGCGGCAGUGUGACAUCGGGCUACUUCGACAACGAGGAGGAGACCAAGGCCUCCCUGACCGAGGACGGGUGGUUCAUGACCGGCGACAUUGGCGAGUUCGACGUCAAUGGUCACCUGCGCAUCAUUGACCGUAAGAAGAACCUGGUUAAGACCUUGAACGGCGAGUAUAUCGCUCUUGAGAAGCUCGAGUCCGUGUAUCGCUCCACGCCCGUUGUUGGCAACAUCUGCGUUUACGCUGCAGAGGACCAGGACAAGCCUGUUGCUAUCAUUGUCCCAAUCGAGAUUGCGCUCAAGAAGAUCGCCAGCGACAACGGUAUUGAGGGUGACAGCAUUGAAUCUCUCGUGCACAACGAGAAGAUCAAGAACCUGGUUCUGCAGCAAUUGAAGAGCUCUGGGCGUGCUGGUGGCCUGAGGGGUAUCGAGAUUAUCAACGGCGUUGUGCUCUCCGACGAGGAGUGGACUCCUCAUAACGGCUACAUGACUGCUGCCCAGAAGUUGCAGCGCAAGAAGAUCGUGAACAAGUACAAGGCCGACAUUGACAAGGCCUACGGCAAGAAAUAA